AUGAAGCACUCGAUUAAAAUUGAGUAUUAUUAUUUAAGUGUUAAAACAAUAACCCUAUAUGACUAUGGAAUAUUCGAGUAUAUUGUUCUCUGUGUGGGAACCGGUCACUGGUCACUGGUCACCGACUGCUGGGCAUCGGUCACUGGACCCGGGGCAAUCAACUGGGCCAGUUGUCGUCCGCAGAUGAUGAUGACGAUAAUGAGCUGGGGCCUGAUCAUGGUUUACGGACACGUAAUGACAGCUAAACUUUCAACACUCGACAGUUACAUUUGCCAGCACAUCGAGGGCAGAGCCUGCAAUGGGCGUGGAGUCUGCAAUUGCCCGGGCUCUCUCCAAAAAAGUCUUGAGCAUUUGGUACUGGACAUUAACAACGAGGUGGAUAUGAAAUCAUUGAAGAAUUUUGCUAAGCUUAAAUUAGUUAAAGUACGGAAUUAUAUUCCGUAUGAGAAAUUGACUGCUUUAACAUGCAACCAAAGUUGGUGUAAUUUUAUUCGUGGAACAAAUGGCAUAGAGUGUCCUGCUGUAUGUGAUUGCCGAUACAUUUACGAAGAAUUGGAGCUGAAAAUCAACUGCAGCAACAGAGGUCUCUCUUUAAUUCCUCCUCUACCUACACCCAUCAUCGGAGGUGUAAACCUUAUAUUCUACAACAACAGCUUAUCCCGAUUGCCGAACAGCACUUUAGCUGGAUAUAACACGUUAAAAAAACUUGACGUUUCCAGAAACACGUUGACAAGCUUGAGCAUAAAUCGUCUUCCUACAAAAUUAGAUUAUCUCGAUAUUAGUUUUAACAAAAUUAUCCUUAGGUAUCUGGAUCUACGUAAAAAUAGUUUGGAAACCCUUGAUGAUAAGGUGACUCGUUACCUAAAAGAAUUUAAAAACAUUUCUGAAGUGAAACUGUCCGGCAAUCCCUGGAAUUGCGACUGUAAAUCGAGAUCGAUCCUUUCAUUUCUGAGAGAUAACGAAGCGUUGGAAUAUAAACUUACUUUGGGCCGAUGCAAUAUAUCUCGAGCGGAUUGUCCCGAUGCUUGUGUCUGUUGCUUGGACAGCUCAACAUCGUCGUCCGUCAUAAUCGAUUGCAACAGCGAAGGACUUCGAAGGAUUCCUGAGCUGUCCAUGAAGGUUACCUAUGUGGAUUUAAGCAACAACAAUAUCACCGCAUUUACUGAGAAGGACCGUAGUUUUUUUGCGAAAAGAUCACUGCUCUCGCCGCUAAAGCUGGUCUUGCUUAACAAUCCGUGGUCCUGCACUUGCAAGGAUAUAGAAAAUAUCAAUUUCAUGAAAAGUAUUUCGUCAUCUAUUGUAGAUUUUACUGAAAUAAGCUGCUCCACUGGGCUUAAGGUCGUCUCGAUAGAUCAAGAUGUGAUAUGUCCUUCUGGUUUCGCUUAUUAUUUGGCUCUCGCAAUCUCCCUCGCAGCCGUGAUCGUUGCCAUUAACUUCAUGAUAUGCUUCAGACAGCCGCUUCUGGUCUGGUUCUACGAGCACAACGUCUGUCUGAGUCUGGCCGCCAGACGGGAACUCGACCAGGCAAAGAAGUUUGACGCCUUCCUGGCCUUCACCCACAAGGACGAGGCGCUGGUGGAGGAGUUCGUGGAGAAGCUGGAACUCGGAAAACCCCGGUUCCGACUCUGCUUCUACCUGCGCGACUGGUUGGUGGGCGAAUCCAUUCCAGAUUGCAUCGGCAGGUCUGUCAGGGACUCGCGACGCAUCAUCAUCCUGAUGACGGACAACUUCAUCAGGUCCACCUGGGGCCGACUCGAGUUCCGCCUCGCCCUGCACGCCACAUCCCAGGACAGGUGCAAGCGCCUGAUCGUCGUCCUUUAUCCGGAUGUGAGGAACUUCGACAGCCUCGACAGCGAGCUGAGGGCCUACAUGGUGUUCAACACCUAUCUGGAGAGGAGUCAUCCAAACUUCUGGAACAAGCUGAUUUACUCAAUGCCUCAUGCAAAGCUCCGACAGGGACAGCCGAUUUAAGGUGUA